AUUUCUUUCUUUCUUAAUUUUGUCUUUACUAGUUUCAUAUUUUACACUAAUAAUAUUGUGAAAUAGAGGGACACCCCCACAUGGAUGAAAACCAUAGAAAUUAUAAUAAACAAUAAUAAUAAGUAGCCUUCUUCUUUUGUCUCCUUCAAUCUCCAAGUUUUCUUCCUCUACAGGUAAGAGAAAGAAAAUCACAACGCCUUCUCUUCCUAUAUACUGUAUAUAAAAAUCCUCUGUUUUUGCUCCUCUGUUUAUUAGGGUUUCUUUUCCUUGUAAUUUUUAUUUAUUUAUUUUCAUUGAGAAUGAGGAACAUAGCAACUUGUUACAGCGAACAUGCCACUAAGGUAUCAGAUUCAUAUUGCUCAGGCUCAUCAAACUUGGCUUAUCUCAAUCCAAAACUAAACCACUCUUCAAUCCCAAACGAAGUCACAUGCAUAUACAAAGCCAAGCUCUCAAACCAAACACAGGUUUUGAUUACUCUAACCUGGUUUAGCAACCUGACACCAGGGAUAAGAGUAGGCCAAGAGUUGAAACACUCCGAGUUCAAGCGACUGAGGAAGAACAAAGGUAGCGAAACGUUUCGAUCUAGUGGUUUCAAGAUUGAAGUUUUCUGGGAUAUUUCUGAAGCUAAAUAUGGAGUUGGACCAGAGCCAAUUCAUGGGUUUUACGUCGUCGUUUUGGUCGAGUCAGAACUGGUCCUAAUCCUCGGAGACAAACAAGACAAUAUUGAUGAAAUGGUCAUGGUGAAAGCUGGAGUUACAAGGGGAAAAUCUUCAUUGGUUUCUAGGAGUGAGAGGUUUUCUGGCCAUUACUGUGUUUAUUCAACCAAGGCUCAGUUUUCUGAUAAUGGAAUGACUCAUGAGAUUGUAGUGAAGUGUGGUAAAGAAAAAGAUGGUGAUCAUGAUUAUCACGAAGAAGAAGAAAAAAAGAGAAAAGGGUUUAAAGUUGACCCUGUUUUAUCUGUUUGUAUAGAUAGAAAAACCAUUUUCCAGGUAAAGAGAUUGAGGUGGAAUUUUCGUGGGAACCAAGCAAUAUUCUUGGAUGGUUUAGUGGUGGACUUGAUGUGGGAUGUUCAUGACUGGUUUUUCAAUACGACGUCGGGUUGUGCCGUUUUCAUGUUCAGGACAAGAAGUGGUUUGCAUACCAGACUCUGGUUAGAAGAGACCAUUUUGGAGCAGAAGAAGGAUCAAGAAGGAGCUGAAUUUUCACUCUUGAUUUGUGCUUGUAAGAAUUCUGACUAAUUAAUUUUUAUUUAUUUUAUUUAUAUAUAAUUACCUUUGCUUAAUUGGUUAAAAAAUCACUAUUCUAUAUUGACAUUUGAUCUCCAUUUUAUUUCAAUGUUUUUUCACUCCAUACAUUACAUGUAAAUUUACAUCUCCAAACUUUUGGGAUAGCAUAUUCAAUGAACCUUUUUUGUUUGUUUUUU